AUGGUCCUCGACUACAAUCUUAAUGGCUCUGAUGUGGCCAUCGACCCGCCAUACGUCAACAUGUAUGGGGCACUAAGAAGUGGCCCGAACUUGUCCUACCUUUGCUGGUUUGCCGUGGUGCUGGGAUUUCUCGAGCUACUCUUCGCCGCCACGGCAUGGUGGUUCAUGUCUGGCCAGGAGAGCAUGCCCAGCUCGCUGGAGGCAGGCUAUCAGCUGGUCAUGGGGACCCAGUUCAGGAGGUUCACGUAUCGAGAGCUCAAGAAAGUCACUGGGGACUUCAACGAGGUUCUCGGCCGCGGCGGCUCCGGAGUGGUGUACCGCGGCAUGCUUGACAAGACCACCGUGGUGGCGGUGAAGGAGCUGACAAACAUGCUGCAGGGCGAGGAGGAGUUUUGGGCGGAGAUGAAGGUGUUUGGGAGGAUCAACCAUAUCAACCUGGUGAGGAUAUGGGGGUUUUGCUCUGAGGGCAAGCACAAGCUGCUGGUGUACGAGUACGUGGAGAACGGGUCGCUCGAUAGGCACCUGUUCAGCGAGGACAGCAGCAAGGCACUGGCAUGGAGAGUAGAGCGGUUCAAGAUUGCGCUGGGCGCGGCCAAGGGCCUAGCCUACCUCCACCACGAGUGCCUUGAGUGGGUCAUCCACUGCGACGUCAAGCCGGAGAACAUCCUGCUCACUCAAGACCUCGACCCAAAGAUCGCCAACUUCGGGCUGUCCAAGAUGUCCGGGAGGAAAGCCGUCGGCGACGGCAUGCAACUCUCCCAAAUGAGGGGGACGACAGGCUACAUGGCACCCGAGUGGGUGUUGGGCCUGCCGAUCGACGCCAAGGUCGAUGUGUACAACUAUGGCAUCGUGCUUCUGGAGAUCCUGAUGGGAAGCAGGAUAACAGAACAGAGGACUGUGGAUGACAAGGAGUGGCUACAGAUGAGCCAGAUCAUGCAGGCGCUGAAGCAGGUGGUGGCGAGCGGAGACAUCACGUCAUUGGUGGAUAGCAGGCUGAACGGGCAGUUCAACCCUCGACAGGCCAUGGACGUCAUCUUCAAGGCUCUUGGAGCUUGCGAUGAUGAGGACGAACACCCUACGUACUUGUUGUGA